AUGGGUGCCCAAAGCAAGGUCGUCGAUGAUGUGACAGGCAGUGUGAUGGACAUCGCACUCGGCUCUCUACGCGCACGUAAGACUCCCAUGCUCAAGGUCGAGGGUCUGUCCUGGAUUCUUGACAACAACCUGCGUCCUGCCAUCAUUGCCGGAUAUGGCACCGACGAUCCCGAGAAGAUGUCAAGCAUUCAUCACAUCAUCAAAUUCCAUGUUCGCCAGAUCCCAAUCUUCAAUGUUGUCUCUGCCAUGGAAGAUUAUGGCGUCAAGCACACUCGCGUCGCAACACCCAACGUCAUGAUCUUCGACGACAAGAUUCCUGAACCCAACAUCAAGGCGGCUAGAGGUUAUCUUGCAGAACAGUACUCCAGCUACGUCAAUGAUGUUGCCGCAGCAUUCCGCCACCGUGGUUUCGAAGUCCCUCCUGUUGAUAAAUUCGAGCUUAAGCCAGCAAAGGUUGUCAAGAAGGCCAAGGUUGUCAAGAAGGCAAAGGCAGCUAAGAACAAGCGUGUGCGUUUCAUCAUCGAGGAUGAUGACGAGGAUGGUCCUGUUCGUUGCUUGACACCAACCAAGAAGCGCGCUAGCGUUCAACCCGAACGCGCAGACAGCAUCAUGGGCGAGCCUGCUAAUUCUCCCAACUUCACCUUCGAAAACACUGCAGACGGCCUUACAGUUGUGGUUGAUCCAGACACCCCCAUCAACUCCAUCGAGAUGUGCCACGGACUCGGCACUCCCGUCAGCAACGACGACACUACCUGUGUUCCUGAGGGCAACUGGUCGUUCGCUACAUGCACUGCUCAGGACGCUCUCUUCGAGCCUUGCUGA